CUUCACAAAUACGGAUCUGGCGAGCGGAAUCGAACAGUUCCUACAUUUUUACGCCUUAAUGGUUGUCAAAAUUCGAAGUGAAGCUGUGUGUGGGAGUGCCGCCUCGAUUUUGAAGCAACAUAUUCAUGGAGAUCGAGCUCUCCAUCACGACUCCCUCGAUAAAGAAGUCAUGCUUCACUGGAAUGCACCACCACUUCAUCAUAUUUUUACUAAAAAUAUUGAACAAUGGAAAAACAAUUGUUAAAACAGCAAUGAAAAUAGUAACAGGAAAAAACAAACGACCCAUUAUAAUUAUUUGUGAAACAAUUAAAGAUGUAGAACAAAUAAAACAAUCGUUUAAACAAUAUGCUGAAGAAGAACAAGAAAAAAGACAAGGAAAGCAGUAGCACCUUCCUUACCGAUUUUGAUUAUUGUCCCGAUUCGUCCGGGACAUAUAAUAAAAUUAGAACGAAACAGAGAAAAUUAGCAUGGCCUCUGCUCAAGGAUGACACGCGAAAUUUUGAUUAUUCAUCAAAUAUUUUUGUUUAUAAACGAAGUUAUGAAAAAUUUUCUAUUGCAAAUGAAGGAUUAGAUAAUGGAAAAAUUAUUAUUGUAACAAAUUCAGCUGGUCCAGGUACAGACAUUAAAGUUCUAGAAUAUUUAAGUAACAGAGGUGGUUUACAUGUUCUAUUAACAUAUUUACCGGAAACUUAUCGAAUUGAAUAA